AUGAAGGCGGUUAGCAACCCUAGCGCCGGGGAAGCAAAGGCCGCCUCGGAGCGCUACUCCAAUUCUGUCUUGGCCCGCCCAGCGGCGGAAGGGCCUAAGUGGCGACACGCGUCCGCGUCACGCGCUGAAAGUGCCACUCCUCGCGACCGAGCGGCGCUUGAGACCUUUCUACUCCGUCGCGGCGAUAGCGCCCAGACUCGGAAGGUCGUAUGCGACGCCGCCGUCAGUAGCCCGCGAGACAUUCCUCCACUGCACGCGGCGCCGUGGGAAAGGCCGUUCCGCGCGUGUUCCCACACACUCGGCCGGCACAAGCCAACCGAUAAAUUAUCA